UCACUGCUGAUCAUUGUGAGAAACGUUUCUGAGGACGCAUCUUUACGGACAUCUUAAAGGACAAAUCUACAGUUCUUAAAGUGUGUUUAUUACACUGCAAGUAUCAGGAUGAAGUGUGUACUGUUUGGAAUUGCUGCAGUGAUCGGAUUCUUCGCUCUCGCGGAGUCUCUGACCUGUAACACAUGCUCAUUCGGUGUGAUUGGAUUCUGUCUGAACCCCUCGACAACAAACUGCUCCACCAACACAUCUUCCUGCACCACAGGAAGAGCCAGCUUCGCUGGAGCCGGCAGCUUCCUGGGCUUCAACUCCCAGGGCUGCACAGAGACAGCUCUGUGUAACGGCAGCGCCUCCGGGACCAUCCUGGGUGCAACAUACACAGUCACUCAAACCUGCUGCACCACAAACAACUGCAACCCUGUCCAGGUGGCCUCUGGUGCCUCGUACGUCCAGCUCUCCCUCAGUGCGGCCCUGAGCGCUGCCCUGCUGGCCUGUGUCUGGGGCCAGUCUGUCUACUGAGUGCAACUGACCUACUGACUUGUUUAUGAAUCUACAUGAAGAGUGUUCUCAUUUAUAUUUUUGAGAAUUUUUAUAUUUAAUGCAAUUGUGCCGCUGUGAUAAUAUGAAGAAAAAAGUCUAAUGUAAUGAUAUUUUUGGCUCAUGCAGUCGAUUGAAUACUAGGUUUCUACCAUGCAGCCAAAAAAACCAAGAGAAAAUUUAUAAAUAAGAAUGAAUAGUUUUCUUUUCAAUUUUUGAAGGUCUUGCUAAAGUGAAAAUACGGUAAUGAUGUGAGUAUUUUGAAAUUCACCUCUGAAGUAUAAAGAUUGUAAGGCAUUUGUUCUCUUUAUAAUGUUAUUGUAAAUUUUACCAUUGGGGAAACUUAUUAUAAGCUAUAUGUACUAUGUUUUGACAUGUAUUGCCAAAGAGAAUGUAUGCAAAAGCUCAAGUCUUGGAUACUUUUUGCAAAUUCUGUAAUAAAUCUUUCUCCUUGAUUGAAAAAAA